AUGAGGAGGGGAGGAGAGCCUCAAUGCGAUGGCCGCGAGUUUCGAAUUGCCUCGUCGCCGGCAAGAGAACGAGAGGACGACAACGAAACGGCCCCGCCCCAAACGUCGGCUGCGCAAGAGCCUCUCGUCGACUGCUUUCUUGGCACUGUGCCAAAUUCAUGCUUCGUGCGGUGUGAAUUAAUCUAA